AUGCGUUCCAUUGGUGGAAAACGCUGGUUGGUCCUUGCACUGUGCUGCUUGUGGGCAUUGUACUCUGAGACCUUCACGCCUGGGCAGUUGAGGCAGUUGCCCAGAUGGGGCAGAGUCAGGGCGCGCGCAGCGGCAGGCAGCUCUCGCGCGGGCGCGGAGAAGGAGGUGGCCGAGGAAAGGUUCCCACUGCAAGCCUUGAACAUCGGUCAGAUGGUGGAAGGGCGAGUGACCUACAUGAACGUCCGGGGGGCAUCCCUGGCCUAUGUGGACAUUGGCGCUGAAAAAGACGCCGUCUUGGAGUAUGGCGAGAUGGAGGAUGGUUUUCCCAGCAAGCUGACUCCAGUGAGGAAAGGCAGCAAGGUGGAAACCCGGGUGUUGGAGUACGACGAGGACUUAGACCGCCUGUACUUGACCAGGAGGUCCGGGAGCUUGUCGCGACCUGCCAGGCUGGCUAAGGCCGAGGAGAACCACGACCCAGAGCCCUUGCGGAGGGUUGCGGAGUCGGAAUUCCUGGACGCCGAAGCAGGGGCAGCCAGUCGCUUGCCGUUGAGUGUAGAUUGGGCUGAGGAUUGGUUUGCCGAAUCAAAAACGUUGGAAAACCUCUGUGUGUGCACGAAACUCGACACAAGAGCGUUUUCUUUCAGAUUGUGUGGCGCAGGCAUCACCUCACAGAUUUUACACAGAAAGGUAAAGAGAAAGAGAAGGGAAAGAGAAAGAGAAGAAAACGGAAAGGACAAGGACAACACAAGAAGAAGAGACUGCAUGCCAGCUUACUUGCUCAAAGUGCACAGGGUAUGCUGA